AUGAAGGCCUUCACCGCGAUCUUUGCUAUUGGAGCCAUCCUCAGCACCACCUUGGCCUCACCCGUUGCUGUCGGCGAUGUGGCCGUCGAACGACUUGAGGUCGAACAGCGUGAUGUUGAGGUCGAUAUCGCCACUCGACAGCUUGAACCAAUCUCCGGGCUGCCGAGUUUGCCACCUAUCACACUUCCCGCAAAUCCAAGUGACUUGGGCCCUGCCCUCUCAAAUGCCCUGUCGCAGGUAGUGACUAUCCUUGGCGUCAUCAGGGCUGGUCUUCCUCAGACACCUGGGCUCCCACCACUGCCAGAUCUGCCUGCUCUCCCUGGAGUCACAAUCCCAGCCCCUGGCUUGCCAGUAUCGCCUGAUGCUCUAGUAGCACAACUUGCUUUGCUGCAAAGUCGGCUUGCGAUCCUUCAACAAAUUUUUGGUAGCCUUCCAAUUGGUGCAAACCUCGACCAAUUGAGGGAUGCUCUGAACAUUCUCAGACAGAUCCAGGCUCAGACGACCCCUGUUCUCGCCGUCAUCCGCAGCCUCGUCGGAUCCGGUGGUCUUCCGUUGCCUGCAAACCUCCCGGGUGUCGAGGCUAUCUCAUCGAUCCUGAGCACUCUUCUGAGCCUGCUCGGCGCCCUAUUUGGAGUUCUCCCAAUCUUUGGAGGUAUUGGUGGCGCUGCGAAUUAAUGGCAUACAUCUAUCUACAGGCCUUCCCAUCCGGCAGAGUGUUUUAUGACUGUUGAUAGCUCAUUUCAAGCUUCUGGGUGAUAGUGGUAUCCGGCUGUGAGCGGAGCAGGUUAUAUUGGCAAGCUGUGGCUCGCCAGUGAACAUGUGCUAUUCACUCGUGCCAGACGGUUG